AUGGUGCUACGGAACGAAGUAAAUGGUGAUGGUUUAACAUUCCUUGAUAUCUUAAGAACACAUGGACAAAUCGAUGAAGGUGGAGACUUGGAGCAAGUUGCUCUAAAAACCGGGUGCAAGGAAGCAGCUUAUCUUCCCAAAAUGACGAAAACGUAUGAUUUCUUCAAAUCACCUAUCACAUUUUGGACCUAUUGCUCCACGCACACUAGACGCAUAAGCUACGACACUUCAGACGAAGCUCGUGGAGUCUUUUUGAUUAUAUGCACUUUGCUAAUCACAGCCACUUACCAAACCGCUCUCCAGCCUCCGGGAGGUGUAAACCAAACCGAGGGUCGUGCGGUGAUGAAACAGACAUUCUUCAUCUUCCUAUGGGUUUCUAACACUAUAGGCUUUUGCUGUGCUAUAUUCUACACCUUUUGUCUCUUACCAGCUAGAGGAGCGUCUCUUUGCGUUUCUUACGCGCUAGCAAUGGCUGUAAUCUCACCGCAACCAUUAGUGUUUCUCUCCGCGUGCUUUGCCUUGUACCUUCUUUUUCCUUUCUAUGUUUUGAUGGAAGUUUUUGUGAGGCAAUGGCGUAGACAUCAGACAGUAGCACCUGAUCCAGGAUUUAGCUGGUUUUGGAAGCUCCACGUAGCUGCAGCUUCCGGGAACAUACCAUUCGCCAUGGAAAUGCUAAAUCUUAAAAGAAAGCUGAACACAAACGGAUACAGUCCAUUGCAUCUUGCUGUGGAAAAAGAUCAUAGAGAGUUCAUAAGAUGGCUUCUCUGGCUUGAUCCCGGACUUGCUCGUGUUAAAGGAAGAGAAGGCAUCACGCCUUUCCAUCUCAUAGCGGGUAGAGACUUGGAUUUGGAGCAACUUGUUGUAAAAACCGGGUGCAAGGAGAAAACGUCUGAUCACUUUAAGUCACCAAUCACUUUCUGGACUCAUUGCUCCAUUGGCAUCAGACGCCUAAGGUCCGACACUUCAGAAGAAGGCCGUGCAGUCUUCUUGAUCAUAUGUACUUUGAUAAUUACAUCCACUUAUCAAACCGCUCUCCAGCCUCCCGGAGGUGUUCACCAAUCCGAGAAUGAGAAUGGUGGUUCCGCGGUGAUGAAACAGACAUUCUUCAUCGUCCUGUGGAUUUCCAACACUAUAGGCUUCUGUUGCGCUCUACUCUACACAUUGUCUCCUCCCACUCAGUAG